GAGCUAUAUGAGCCCUUGUGGGAGGAAAUUCAUGCACGCUCAAAACACGCUGGCUUCCGUAUCCGGAGUAUAUGGAUUGCAGAUGCUGCCCAUCAGGGUCAAAGCGGGGUGCUUAACGAGCACUCCCUAGGGAAUGACCAUACAGCAAACACAUCUAACAGGGAUGGGGCGACACUUAGAAUAUCCCUUUCCGUUAUGCAUCCUCGGCUUCUGACGACGCUUAUUCUAUUGGACCCUGUGAUAAACAGGCUAGACGUUCUCGAUCAUGAAUAUUCCAAGCAGACCAAGGUGAAUAUUCCAGCUAUGACUCUCGCAUCAACAUACCGGCGGGAUCUAUGGCCAUCUCGAAUAGCUGCAGAGACUGCUCUAAAAGGAAGCAAAUUCUAUCAAAACUGGGACCCACGUGUACUUCAACGGUUCUUCAAGUAUGGACUCCGCGAACUCCCUACUGCUUUAUACCCGUUGGACGAUGACUCUGCCAAUAAGCCUGUAGGAGAAAGGCCAGUAACCCUCACUACAACUCGACACCAGGAAGUACUUUCUUUCUUUAGGGCUGCUUAUGGUUCAAAGUCCGAAGACGGCCAAACACUGAAUCGCACUACUCACCCGGACCUUGACCCUAACAUUUACAAAUCUUCAUUCCCGUUCUACCGUUACGAGGUAGCUAGGACGUUUGACAUGCUUCCCUUUGUUCGGCCAAGUGUUCUAUACUUAUUUGCAGACCAUUCAGAAGUCAGCAGUCCGAAGAUGAACCAAGAUAAGAUUGAGCAGACAGGUAUCGCUGUUGGUGGUAGCGGGGGCGCGGCUGAAGGGAGAGUUAAGGGAAUCGUUAUGAAGGGGGUUGGCCACCUGAUUGCCAUGGAAGCGGUGAAUCGAACCGCUGAACUGUGCACCGACCAAAUAAGUGUGGAGAUACAUCGUUGGCGCCGGGAGGAGGAACAGCUGACCACAGCAUGGAACAAGAAAUCAUCGGUUGAGAAAAUGACCAUCGACCAGGAAUGGGUCAAACAGGCUGAUCUACUUGGCAUACGAAAUACGAAGAAGAAAACCAGUACUGGCGCGAAGCUAUAA